AUGGUGUUACCUUCGAUAAGUAUUGCCCAUUUCGCCAAAGGGAAAGAACACACUAUAACUGAGCCCCCAAGAAACACGAUCACCAUCGAGAAAGAAGAAGACACAUGUGAAGGCAAGGAAGAUGAAGAGGAAGUCAUUUCUGGAAAAGAAGUUCUGUGUUAUGCGUGGCAGAUUGCAAAGGGGAUGGUAAGAAAUUUUUCGACAGAAGGAUGCCUUGAGCAAUGUGGUAUUACAAAUCACAAAAAUCUACCUCUUCCCUCUUACUAGUUUUUCUGUGUCUACGAGUAUAGAGCGUUUUCACCCACGUGGCCAGCAUCUAUGCAAUUUUAUUGGAACAAAAGAAAGCGUUUACAUAAGACAAGAGUUCAACUCCCAAAGGAUUGGUUUGGAACACCAACAUGGCCGUCGUUUAAUUGUUUUGGAAAACCAAUAUGGCCGCCGUGACUUCAUGUGAAAACGCUCUAUAUGAUAUCCGCUCAUAAGACGGCGGAUUUUUCAAGCAUUCAAUUUGCUGCGUUAAGAAUUUUAAUAUGAAUGACUUUUAUUAUGGCUAACUACUAUCUGGCUGAAGUUUCGUGAAAUAUACCACAUGUCAAAUUCAGCCGUUUGAUUUAAAAGAAGGCCAAAAACCGAGUUUAUAUAUUUAUAGACAGGUACUUUCAAUCAUUACAUUACGGUAUUGUUUUCAUCGUCUGUAGCACUACUGUUUAACGCUGAAUACAUUCAUUGUCCUUCACCGCUCGACUUCGACGUGAAAUUGCCCAAAAAUUCAAAGACUUCAGUUAAGCACGUAAAGCUAACUUAAAAGGCCACAACUGUAAACUACUGGAACUGUAUAAACUUGGGAAAACGAUCUUUAUUUUUCCUUCUAAGCUAAUCCAAUAUCGCCUUCCUUCUCAGGGGAAUAUGCCAUGCUGUGAGUUCCAAUUCGUCAUAUUAAAAAUCACACAAUUUUAUGCCAAAUUUGGGGGCGGGGACAAAAAAUUGGCCAAUGAACCAAAGACAUACUAGCCGGCUAAUAAAUUCAUGUUAAACUGACAACCAAAACAACUCUCAGCUUGCUAUUUUCUUUGCUUGUUUACCAUAUUGUCAUUGACAGGACUCUGCCUGGUUGUUGUACUGACUCUGUUUUCAUUUAUUGCCGAAGGGGUUGACAUUUUAGAUUCUUUUAAGACUUUAAGACUUUUAAAACUUCAGGCUAAAAGGGGAGCGGCACAGCCUUCAAAGGGCUUUGACAGUUAUAUUAAGAAUCUAAUAGAACUGAAUGCGUUUGAGUGUAUAAGGAGCCACCUAACCUCUCAGUAUUUGUGUUACCGUGGUGUUACCGGGAGGCAAUUAGUACCUGUUGAAGCCUAUUCAAUAGGUAAGAGAUGAGAGUCAGGGCAACGAGCUCGAUCAGAAACAGAGACAAUGGGUAAAUUAAGGCGGUUUACUCGUUUUCUUAGUUGCCUUAUGAACUGCCAUGAGAAACGCCUUUGUCGUGACCUGUUUUCGAUUGGCUAAAGAAGUACAGAAGUCAGACGCGUUUGUUAUGAACGUGAUUUGUGAUUGGCGGAUUAAUGUUGGGUGCAGCCCUAUUUGAGACACCGUCGCACUGUAAAACUUUACGAGAAUUUUUACCCUAUGGAAGAUCGUACUAAUGCGUUUAUUUGACCAAUCAAAUAGAAAUUUGUGUUGAUCUAAAGUUAUUUCCGUGGUAAGUAAAAGUUGUUUGAGAAUUAAGUUUUGCUAUUUCUCCUCCAGGAAUAUUUAGUCAGCAAAGGGUUCGUUCAUCGCGAUCUGGCAGCCCGUAAUAUCCUUCUUGGUGAAAACAAGGCGGUAAAGAUUGCUGAUUUCGGUUUGUUGCGU